UUGCUAAAUGCUUCCUACCAAUAUUGUCUAUCCUUUCUUGCUACAUAACUAGCAGGGUGACAGUUUUGGAUGCCAGCCAAACAUGACAGAAAACAAAAUUUACACUUGCAAUAAUGCUCAGUGACACUUGUUAACAUGUAAUUUGCUAAUAUUGUACUAGACAGCAAAAAAAAAAAACUGCUCUGCCUCUUCCACAGUGACAUAACAAGCCACUGGGGGAAUUUACCAGCAUCCAAAGAAGAUGUUAGGGACACAGAUUAUAGCUUUCCUCUUCUGUUUUUGUGGAAUAGCAGCGAUUAUUGCAGCCACGGCCUCGAAUGAAUGGAAAGUGACCAGCAGAGCUUCAUCGGUGAUAACAGCAACAUGGGUCUUCCAGGGACUCUGGAUGAAUUGCGCGGGGAAUGCGCUGGGGGCUUUCCACUGCAGACCUCAUCUCACGAUCUUCAAUAUAGAGGGUUACAUCCAAGCCUGCAGAGGACUGAUGAUCGCGGCCGUCUGCCUUGGCUUCUUUGGCUCCAUAUGUGCACUGGUCGGGAUGAAAUGUACCAAAGUUGGAGGCUCCGAUCAGACGAAAGCUAAAAUUGCUUGCUUAGCCGGGCUGAUUUUCAUCCUUUGUGGGCUGAGUGCUAUGACUGGCUGCUCUUUGUAUGCAAACCGAAUCACCUCUGAAUUCUUUGACCCUACGUUUAUUGCACAAAAGUACGAAUUAGGAGCUGCUUUGUUCAUUGGAUGGGCAGGAUCAUCUCUUUGCAUAAUAGGUGGCAGUAUAUUCUGUUUCUCAAUGGCUGAAAACAAUAAAACUCCAAGGAUGGGAUAUGUGUACAACACAGCAGCCUCUGCAGUAUCUACUCGAACAAAGGCCUACAAGGACUCAACAGAUUUUAUAACGCCCAAAGCCUCUCCAAAGCACUUCGACAAAAAUGUUUAUGUGUAAGAGAGAUGGUUCCAAGAGUCCUAGUUUUAUAAAUCACAUUUGUGCUGUUCAUUCACAGAAUAAUUUUUAGAAAGGUGCUGGUGUUAUUAGCACCAGGGAUAAGAAUAUUUUAUAAAUGAACUUUUGCCUACUUGUUGUAAAUUUAAGAUUUUAUACUGCUGUGCAUAAAUUAUAUCUGUAAAUCAUUUGCUAUUUUUGCUUUCUGUAAAAAAACCUUUACAAAUAAAGUUAAGUCAUAUUGGCUGUG